AUGACGGUUGUCAUUGCAGUUUUUACGAACGAUGCCUGGAAGGUGAGGAACGCCCGCUCCGUUCUUCAGAGACAACGUAGAGACACAGCUUUUAAGACUAAAAAUGUUAAAUCCGCUGGUGGUGCCAAGGGAGCGCCAAUUAAUUCAGACAUUAACAAUAAAUUUUUCGUCAAGCGAGGUGGCGAGCAAGACGGGCAAAAUAAUAAAGACGGCGAAGAGGAAAUAUAUAGAUCGAAUAAUACUAGCGAGUCCAACACUGUUGGCAGCUUUACUACUACUACUGAACGUACGGGCGUUCAGAAUACCAGGACGUCGGAAAAGUCCGACGUUAAUAAGGAGAAUAAGAUAAAUACUAACACACAGACAGGACAGCCUGAAUUUUCCGGCCUCGCGAAAACUUACACGGACAACUAUCCUGUUAUCUUCAACAUAAUGCUAUGGUUCGGCGUUGUUUUUGUCUUUUCACUCUUAGCCAUUUGUAUCGCUAUCGCUGAUAUGGAUCCAGGACGGGACUCUAUCAUUUAUAGGAUGACGUCGAAUCGAAUGAAGAAAGACAAUUAAGUGUAAAUAUAUAAUUAUAUAUAAGUAAUAUAAUUUUGUACAUAUAUUUCUGUGCAAAAUGUAGCUUGUUGGAACAUCUGUGUAAUUUAUCAAUUUUAAUUCGAAUGUUCAAGUAGGGUUCUAUCACGUAUCCUAAAGGCAAGAUUAAAUUGUUUAUAUUAAAUCUAAUUGUAAGCUCAUUAAAACUAUUAAAUAGCAAGGAUAUACAUAAUUGUAUCACUUUAUUGAAACAUAAGAAGUGUGAUUGUUAUAUUGUUGUAUAAUUUCUGUUGUAUAUUACUUGAAAGCCAAGGCUGCCCUAAAUAUAAUAUAAAUUAAAAUA